UUUACAUAAGUACUCAAUGUGUAAAACGUACAAAAGUUAUGUCUAAUUUCCUUCUCUAAUUUUUUUCUUUGCAAUAAUCUGAAUUCAAGAGAUCAUAUUCUUGCGAAAUAUUCAUAAUACACGUGUAUUAAAACUUUACUCAUCAUUUCAACGAGGAUCUAGAUUAAUCGACAUAAAUACUGAUUAAAUGUUAUGAUAUGGCCCAAUUCAUUUCUUCAAUUCCAAUUACCUAAAUCUGAUUCAUUUUAAUUUUCAAAACAAUUAUCGUCAUAGUUAAAGAAGAUGAUAAAUAGGUACCAUGAAGUUGAAUGGAGAAGUUGUAAACUUCAAUGUGUAUAAUUUUGUGAACUCUUAUUGAAAAUUUUCCAAAAAUGCAUUCAUUUGUAUUUUCCAUAUUAUUAUGUUCAACAUUGUGCUGUUUCCAUAUCCACAUAAUGAAGGCACUAACAGAAAGUAAUUCAAAUCACAACAAAACAUACCAAGCUAUUCUUUUCAAUCUAACCAGACAUGACAGUGGUUCAGCAUGUGCAGCUACCACCCAACAAGAGAAAACAAUUAACGACGACUUUUCAAUCACUGGUAGAAGUAUAUUUUUGCAAACUGUUUAUAAAUGUGAUGAAGCAAAAGGAAAUAUCUCAUUAGAUAUCUGUGAGAAGCCUCCUCAACCUGCUAUGGUUUAUAAUUCCAAAAAGGAUGCUUAUGAGAUUGGUUACGAGUUAUACUAUGAAGAAGGCAAGAUUCAGUUGCUGGCAGACAACAAAUAUCAUUCUUAUAACUCACUUGCGCAGGUAGAGGUUAAUAACAAAUCAAAAUCUCCGAGCGAAUUCGUUUUCAGUCGCCACGAUGGUAAAAAUACAAAAUUUAUUUUUGUCGAUGGAUCCAUCACCAUGGUUUUCCAUUGGAUAUCAGAGCUAUUGAUUAAAACAUCAAAACAUUACAAACUAAUCGAAUGGGAGAAAAAUAUUGACGACGUGAAAAAUCAUCUUAAAUCCAAAUGUCAAGACUAUCAUUCAGAAGGAUGGGAUGAUAUCAAUGUAUCAGAAGCUAGAACCAACAAUGAAAGCUACAAAGAGUCGACGAAUCACGAAAAACAAUCUCAAAAAAUUCUGAAAAAAUCACAAAUCAUUCCACUAUGGUAUUUUGCCACAGAUUCGGGUAGACUUGCCUCUUGCACACACAUGAAUGUUAUACCAGUUUGGAAAAGUAUCGCUGAUGGGCAAUUGAAAAAAGUUGACCUUUUCAUCGCUGCAGUGAUUAGUACUCUAGAAUCGUACAAUCGAUAUGAUCAGAAAGUUACUUUUGGCGUAAAUGGAUGGUAUGAACAACCACUCAAUUACACAAUAGAUGGUGAACACCGGCAACUUCUUAUUCCAAAAACCAUACUUCGAUUGGUCCAAGGAGAGUUCUAUUCUCAAACAUAUGCUGCUAUGAUUGUAAUUCACAAUAAAGCGGAUUAUAUCGCAGAUAGUGACAGGCUUUGCAGUCAUGAAACAAUAAUUUCAGGCUGGGAUACAAUUCAUAAUUAUGAUCCAAGAACUGGCAUAACGUAUGUGUGCCAGGUAACAGCACAACUUCAAGAAAAAUUAGGUGUUCCUAAAUUUGUUGAUUUUCUUCCAUUUCCAAUAGGGCACUUUCGAUACAUUUCAGUAGAGCCUAUACAAUUGGAUGUAAUCCCUUACUCUGAGCAUCCUGGAUACGAUUACACCUAUCCUAUAGAAGAUCGUGAUGUUACAGACUAUGUAGAUGAUGAGUUUCAAAAGUUGUUAAAAAGUUCCAGAUCUGAAAAUCAUCACUAGUUAGUAUAGGUACCCAACACCAUCAACUCCAACAUACCAAUCACUCUAUCUGACCUAAAACUCCAUUCGAAAACACCAAUGCGUGAAGUGUUUCAAUUUUCAUCUUCUCUAGUCCUAAGUUCAAUUAAAUAGGUAAGUAAGUAAACUAAAAAGCAUCAAAAACACCAAAUCUAUAUGAAAAACUUCUGAACAACUUCAGAGUAGAUUUGAGGUUCUUAUCAUCCUGCUCAGGACUGGGCACUCACUUCUCAUUCACCAAAUCAUAUUUUUUAAACUGUGCAAAAGUAUCGGUAUUGAAAUCCACUGCAACUAAUACAUGUCUGCUGACAAACUCUAAAUCAGAAUUUAUGAAUGACAGAUGCAAAUAUAUAAAAUGUUAAAUAGAAGUUUAUACAUCUGAAUUUUUUGUCAUUUUACAAAAUUUUAUGAAAAGAAAUAAUUUUAUAAAGUUAGUAAGUACCAAAUUUUUAUUUAAACCAAAAUAGGAAGGUAUUGAAAAUUUGUGGG